AUGCAUUUGAUUUUACAAUUCAACGAUGCUUUAUUGUUCAGAAAUCACUUGAGAUGGUUUACCAAACACUUGACUGUGAAUACCACUCUCGUAUCAAAUGGAGUGAAAGAAAACAAAUUCAGGCUUUCCACGAUAUUUAAAUGUUUACAGCAAAUGAUGGUGUUGGUGCUUUUUAUAGCUGAGUCGAUAUACAAGUUCUCUAUUGGUGAGUUUGAUAUUACAGACACCAUGAACUAUUAUAACUGGCUGUUUCCAUUUGAUGGAAGCAAAUGGGAAAUUUCUCUUGCAUUGAUGAAAAAAGUAUUUCCAUAUAAAGAUAAUUACUAUAAACUCUUCAAAUUUGAUAAAAUUAAAUCAAAAGCAAUAUGGUCCUCCUCAACGUACAAUUUACAACACUUUAAUAUCCCUAAACAAUUUGGCAGGUCCAUACUAUUGAACUUGAAACAUCCAUGUUUGUCUGGUCUAAAUAUCGGAUCAAUCACACAACUAAUUACACAGCUACCACUUCUUAUUAACUUGAAUUCUCUUGAUCUUUCGAAAAAUUUACUAUUCAGGUUAGAGGAGAGUCCUAAGCUGUACAAAUUGCUUAACUUGAACUUGUCAAACAAUCAAUUCGACAACAUUCCUAAUUUAGAGCCAUUACUCAAUUUAUCUAAUAAUGGGCUAUCCGAUGUUGAGAAAUUAGAGCAGUUUCCUUUAUCAAAUCAAUUGAUUUUUGGGAAAGGUGCCAAUGAGAAUAUCAGUAAUAUUGGUAUGGCUGAAGGGUUACGAAUCCUCCAUUUUUUCACCAAAAAUGCUGAUUCAAUAAGGUGUUUGGAAAGAUUACCAAUACUACAGUCAAUGAAGUUGCAGUUGGAAAUUUCAAAUGCAGUUGUAUGA